UACUCUUAAUUAUCUCAGAAGCCAAAUCACAUGACUUCAUGUACUUGUCAGCUGACGUACACGAGCUUCCCUGUUGAUGUUCCGGAAAGGGCUGGAAUUAUUUAACAGGAAUUAUGAUUAAAUUACUUGAAAAACUGCCUGUAACGGAAUGUCCAAAAUUCCUCCACAGAGUGGUGGAUGGGGUAUGUGGGCGGGACCCUCCUCGGUUCGGGGAUUAUGGGAACGUCUGGAGCCUGACUGAGUGGAUGGAGAUUCUGGACGGCCUCUCCUCGUUCUUCCGCUUCGCGGUGGGGAAGAAGUGCUCUGACGAAGAGGUGCAGGAGUCGCUGGCGGAUCUGGGCGGCGGACAUCGCGAGGCUGUCCUGGCGUGUCUGAAGGGCAGGGGGGAGGAGCUUCGGCAGGCCCUGGUGGAGCGGACCAAUGCCGUGUCCUCUGCCCAGCUCCAGGACUUUGACUGGCAGAUCAAGUUGGCCCUGUCCAGCGACAAGAUCUCCUCCCUGCAGAUGGCGCUGCUGAGCCUGAGUCUGGAUGUGAAGCAGGGAGGCGUGCUCAAGCCUGUGGCCCUCGAGCUGAACCGUGAGGAGCUGCAGACCCUCAUCAACUCCUUAGAGGCAGCCAAUAAGGUUGUCCUCCAGCUCAAAUGAGGGUGAUGGAGCUGAUCAGCAGCAGCAGCCACUGAGCAGCAUUUCAGCAUUUCAGAGAGAGAGCGCAUGAGUGUGCUUGAUUUAGAGAGCCUGGGAGUGAGUGAGAGAGACAUAGAGAGACUGUGUGAAAGAACGUGCACGUGUGAGUGUGUUUGAGCUAGAGAGCCUGUGUGUGUGUGAGAGUGACAUAGAGAGAUUGUGUGAAAGAACGUGCGUGUGUGAGUGUGUUUGAGCUAGAGAGCGUGUGUGUGUGUGUGAGUGUGUUUGAGCUAGAGAGCCUGUGUGUGUGUGAGAGUGACAUAGAGAGACUGUGAAAGAACUUGCGUGUGUGAGUGUGUUUGAGCUAGAGAGCCUGAGUGUUUAUGAGAGUGAGCGUGUGUGAGAGACAGACAGAGAAUGUGCAUGAGUGUGUGAGACAGAGAUAGACACACUGUGUGAGACAGACAGGGGGAGUGUGUGUGAGAGAGUGUGUGUGUGAGAGAAUGUGUGAAUGUGUGUGUAUUUGCGAGACAGACAGUGUGAGAGAAUGUGCCUGAGUGUGUGUGAGAGAGAGAGAGAGAAAGAAAGAGAGAGAAAAAACCAGCAGAGAGAAGAGUUAUUGGAGUGCAGAGGAGCUGGGCCCUGACCUAGCGCCGUGUCAGCCAAUCAGACUGCAGCACCUGAACCGUGCCAAGAAGAAAAGUUUUUUUUUUUUUUUUUACACAUUCCUGUUUAAGAAGCUUAAUAAACUGCAAUCACUUGUAGUUAACUUUUGUGUGUGUACACCUGUACAUAUUAUGUGUGUGCGAUUAAUAAAAUUGUUUUUGAAAUCCA